UUGAUUUCCUGAAUUGGAAGAUGAUUACUGAUGACUAUAUAAAUAAAAUAUAACCUCCUCGCCCAAAUCAUGAUAAGUUAAACAUGCAACUUUUAAACAAUCAAAAUUGUAAUUUAUCGACCUCGUAUCCAGAAUUCUUUAACGGAAUUUUAUUAGGCGACGUAGUUUUUGAAACUAUUGAAACUAAUGAUAAAGGGACAACAGAAUUCUCUGACGAAAAAUUAUUCGACGCAGUUGUUGAAACUGUUGGAACAUUAUCUAUCUCGUCAAGUAAAAAUUAUAUUGAUAAUUCUAAUCAAGUAUCGAACGUUUACUUACCAUUGGAUAAUCGAGUUAUCCACUCACCACUUCAAAUUAAAUCGUAUCAUCCAGCUUCUACUUCAAGUGGUUAUAAUCACAAAAAAGGGUUAAACAGCGACAUUAUAAUAAAAAAAAAUUCAUCUGGUAAAUCUCCACCUUUUAAAUGGAGCGAUAAAAAACUUGAACGUUUAUUGCUUUAUUUGAAAAAAUAUAUAGAUGAAGUUAGAAAAUUGGAUAAAAGGAAUGGUGAUGGCACGAAACAAAGGCUUUGGGAAGGUGCUUCUAAAGCGUUUUGCGAGGAAAGCGAUAAAUAUACCUCGUACCGUUGCGAGAUUAAGUGGAAAAAUGUAAAGCGGGAUUAUAUUAAGUGGAUAAAUGAGGUAACUAUCUGAUGUUGAAGAAAUAAUUGAUGAAAGUUUACGUAAAUUGUAUUACGAUGAAAUAACCUGUAGUAAUGAAAGUAAUAAACGAAAGAUAAUGACUGACGACUCGAACAGAAAGUCUCCUAAGAGGAGCAGAACACUAUAAAAUAUAAAAAAGUCAACUCAACUCGUAUCAUUCAUGUUGAACGUGAAUAUACGUGUAUAUUAAAAUUGUGUAAUAAUUAUUAAUUGAAAAAAAUAAAAAAAUUUGUAUUUAUUUUAAUAAAAACAAG